AUGCCCAAAAAUGUGGUGGAUCCAGGUUCAGAUAUUGCCAUUCGUAUGCAGUCUCCAGAUGCAAACCACCUCUGGUUCCCCAGCCAGUCUCUGUGGAGCCUGAUCGCUGAACAUGUCACUGGGUCAGAGCUGCAAAAGAUCCGUACAGCGCUGGGCAACUCCCUGGUUGACAUGUACGCAGAUAUACACUCUGAGGCGGAGACGUGGUACAAGAUGUGGCAGGAGAGCCAGCAAAGGCUCCCACGUCAGCAGGGCUCCCCUCUGGCUGACCCCCCUGCAGUCAAAGAGCUGGUGAGAGCCGAGGUCAAGAUGUUACUGCAGACCCUCAGAGAGAGAGCCAGCAUAGGGGGGAGAGAUGGCGAGGAAUUUGUGUUUUGGUACAAACCUGAGACGGUGGACUACGCUCUGGGUCACCUUGACAGCUGUUACAGAAGCACCAACCCUGAAGAUACUGGCAAUGAAAGCAGACCGAACUCUCGCUGUUCAGGCCAGUCCAGUGCUGAGGAUGAGAUUGAGGCAGUGAGAGACAAGCUGAAUGUCACUGACAUUAAUGAAGUGGUGGACCGCCUCAAAUCUGUCCUAAAGGAGGAAUGUGAAGCGUUGAACAGGCUGGUAAAGAAUUUAAAGGGGAAUAUUAAACAAAAGCGUCGGAGUCAGUGUGAUAAGUCAGAACCUACACUUUCAGAGUUGAGAGAGCUAAGAGGAGCUAUACAAAUGGACCUGCAGCUCUACCCCUCUAUGUUGUCUGCUUCACCACCAGCUUCCUCCCCUCUCCCUAUGAAGGAACUGAAAAACAGGUCCAGACUACCAGUAAGGCAAAGGGUUUCUGGGGAGACUCUGGGAACUUUAAUCACUUCAUCAGCCUUCAGACCACAUCCACCUCCUCCUAUGUGCCAUACUAAACCCAGGCCACCGUCGGGCGCUCCUCCUAGCAAGACCUCAGUUAAACUAAUUAACAGUCCUUCACUGUCUCGCACUCAUGGACAGCACAGAAGCACAUCAGCCUCCUCUGGACCUAGGAAAACACAUACACCUAUCUCGAACCGGAUCACCUCUUCUGGACCCGCCAGUGACCAGAUAAUGGUUAAACCCUCACACCACUCCAGUCUCGCUCCAAAGCAAGAUAGUGCUGGUCUCCACUGCAGGGCUCUGACUACAUCAUCCCAUCGCACUACUCACAGCUCGAGCGGAGAUUUGUCACCACAGACGGAAAGAAAAAGCAGCUCAGCCUGGAGGUCAAGAAAAAUCAAUGCUAUCACCUCAUCCCCCCGCUGUGAUGCCGGUAGUUACAGCAGCAAUAGUACUGAUCUUUCUAUGUCAACAACCGGGAAAUCAAAGACACAAAAUGGUACCUGCGGAGGUAGUUUAAUAUCAACCACAGUGCAAGUGGAUAAUGACACAAGGAAGAGUACUUCUGAGAGAUUUCACUCUUGCGUUGGCAGUAGGAAGAGCAACAAUGGAACUGAUAGAAAUAAAAAUGGUCAUCUUGGGAAGGAUGUCACGCCGCAGCCAAGUUUAUUAGCCUCCGUUUGACAGAUCGCUCCUCACAUGAUCCAGAAAGCAGUGAUAAAUGGACAAUUCUUUAUUUCCCCUAAAAGACCACUUGAGGGCACCACAAGUCAGCCAAAAAGUGACAGAGCUGGAGUCCACUCACUUAUCAGCCAGCACCUCAUCCAAGGGUGUUAACUCUGAAGUCAGCCAAUACUUUAACUGUUGUGUCUGGUCCUCAUAGGGGUUUUUCCAUACAGCAUAAAUUAAAAUAAACUCCUGUUUAAGACCUUGUUGUAAUG